AUGGUAGAAUAGACUCAAGAUUAAAAAGCAAGAGUGAAGAUUAUCUUUGUAAUGAUUGAUGGAUUAGGAGAUAAUAAUUAUUACUAUCCAGAGGAUUAAUAAUCAAAGACAGGACUAUGUGGUAUACAUGAUCCUGUACAAAGUGGAUUAGCUUGCGGAAGUGAUACUGCUCAUAUGUCUGUAUUUGGUGGAAGAGGCGCUUUUGAAACAAUGGGAGCUGGAGUUGAGAUGUCGAAAGAUGACAUAGCUUUCAAAUGCAAUUUCUCUUAUAUCAACGAUGAAAAUGAGAUUGUCGAAAGAAGAAGAGUAGAUCGCCAUUUUGACUGGGGCAUCCCAUUAUGCGAUGUUUUGAAUGACAUGAAAAUUCCUGACUUCGAGGAAUACAUUGUAAAAUGUGAAUAUGCAACAGAACAUAGAUGUGGGCUCAAAGUAACAGGAAAAAGUUUAUCUAGCUUAAUAACUGGUACUGAUCCACUAAAGGAUUAUAAAAAAUUGCUGCAAUGCAAAGCAGUAGAUGAAAAUAACAAAGAGGCUGUGUUUACUGCCAACUUGAUUAAUGCUCUGUCUUAGGAGAUCAGAAAAAUUCUUUCCAAUCACCCUAUAAAUUUAGAGAGAUAGAAAGGAAUUGGUCUAUCUUUUGGUGUUCAAUUGGUUGAUGUGGAGGGAACUACAGGAUAUUAUAACUCUAACCUUAACAAUAAAGCAAUAAAGGCAGCCGAGUUUAUUUAAAAACCAGAGUUUGACUAUGGUUUUGUACAUAUUAAAGCUAUUGAUGAUGCUGGUCAUGAUAAGAAUUUAGAUAUGAAGGUGUCAUAAUUAGAGAAACUCGACUAAGCAUUAAGACUUUUAAUUGAUGAAUUAGGCUAAGCCUCCAAUAAGGAAAAUCAAUACAUAAUAGCUGUUACUGGAGAUCAUUCAACUCCAAUAUUAAUGUAAGUUAAGUAAAUUUUUCAUAAUUUCUACAGCGGUGACCACACUUAAGAACCAGUUCCUAUAGCAAUAUCCUUAAUCAGCAAUAUUUAUGAAGAACUUUCUAAAGCAGACGUUAACAAUGAAAUAUAAAUCCUUAGAUAGCUUAAAGAUGAUGUUUAAGCUUUUAAUGAGUUUGACUGUGGUUCGAUUGAUAGCUCCCUUGGCAGAUAUUGCAGCAUAGAUACUAUCUAGGUUUUAAAAAGAUUGAAGGAAAGAGUACAAUAAUUACUAGUCUGA